CCUCCUUCCGUCGUCCAAUCAGAUGUGAGGAAACAGACUCCUUCUUCCUGUUUCUGUGCAGCUCCUCAGCUGACUACAACCAUGAGGUUCCGUUUCUGUGGAGAUCUGGACUGUCCAGACUGGGUACUUGCCGAAAUUAGCACAUUAGCGAAGCUUUCAAGUGUCAAAAUGAAACUCCUCUGUGCUCAAGUGCUGAAGGACCUGCUGGGGGAAGGCAUUGAUUAUGAUAAGGUGGCAAAGCUCACUGCAGAUGCAAAGUUUGAAAGCGGAGACAUCAAAGCUAGUGUGGCAGUGCUCAGCUUCAUUUUGUCCAGUGCGGCAAAACAUGAUGUUGACAGUGAAUCUCUGUCCAGUGAGCUGCAGCAACUGGGUCUGCCUAAAGAGCACACAACGGGGCUCUGCAAAUCAUAUGAAGACAAGCACUCUGCACUGCAAGACAAACUAAGGGAGGCGAGCCUGAGGUUGGGACGACUAGACGCUGUGUCCUGGCGCAUUGAUUACACUUUGAGCUCCAGUGAACUGCGGGAGGUGAAUGAACCAGUGAUUCAGCUUAAAUUGCAGACACAAGGAGCAGUGUCAGGCCCCACAGAAACGACUGUCGUUUCUGUGUCUGCUGACAAGUUCAGAGUCCUGCUUGCAGAGCUCAAACAGGCCCAGGCAAUGAUGAAUGCACUGCAGUGAAGAGCGGAUAAUGAAAUCGGACAUCGUAGUCUGAGCAAGAGCUGGACGCAAAUGACGUUGCCAAAAGUGCCGUAUUUACACCUUGUACAGGAUAAUAUUUGUAUGUCAUUUCAAAGGUCAUGUCAAGACACUCAGCUCACUAAUAUUUAGUAUGAUUUUUCUACCACAUUAGCAAUAAUUGAUGGAAAUGUUUCCAGAUUUGGUUGAUUCAUCACUGAAACAAGAAGACUGAAUGGACUGUUUUUUGUAAAAUAUUGUAUAAUAUUUCACGUAUUUUGAAUUCUGUCAAUAAUUUGUGUUGUACCUUCAUAUGCUUAGAAAUAACAAAAUAAAACGAGAAACAUAUCCGGGGCCUACAUA